CAUGACCGGGAGAUCUACCUGGGCAAUUGGGGAUCCAGUGGCGUUUCGAUAUCGAGCUCCGAAUCCUCAUACUUGCGCGCGCAUACUUGCGUCCGCAUACUUGCAAUUACCCGUCGGCGUGCUUACGAGCGCUCUGACUGCUCGAACAACCUGCGCAUCACCUAUGCCAAAACUUGCUGCGCCUCGCUAUCCUUCCAUUGGAUUCGUGGUAACGUUCUGACUCGAGCAAAGGGCAAAGGACCUGGCCACAUCUUCGUCUGGCAGUUGGCAUAUGUGAUCUCAGGACGCUCGUUCAAUGGCCUUGGACGAUUCUCAUCCUAGCAGCAAGCGUGUGUCAGGCUUGAUGAAGCUUGCUAGCCAUUGCCAGUUCUAGCAGACAGCGAGCGCACUCUAGCACACUUGCUCAAAUAUUGUCUCGAG